AUGGCGUCGCAUCGCCGCGGCUUGGGAUCUUUGGGCCCUUUGGUGUGCUGGCUUGGCUUGGCCGCUCUAGCCUGGGCAACGCGAAGUCUUACGUUCACUCUCUCUGGGACCUUUCGGCCGGUCCUGUCUGCAAGACACGGAGAGACUCGGCACCCUGACGUGGCCUGCCACGCAGAGGAUCCCUUCGCGCAGCGCGGCGGCAUCUCUGCAGCGGACCUCCGAGUCCGAAGGCCGGAGGAGGACAGCUUCGUUCAGUACCGGGAGCCCAGGCAGAGGUCAGGCCAAAGGCCCGGCUUCAAGGAAAGCAGCACGCUAAGCCGGGGAGGUCCCAGGAGGACCUUUAAGGCAAGAGUGGAAGAGGAGGAGGAAGCUGCUAAUCUGACAAAGGAGGAGAGGGAGCAAAGAUUCAGAGAACAGAUCAAGAGUCCAGUUACUCUGACGACUUUCAUCAAGCGGACUGGAAGUCCGGAGGAGUUCAUGUGGGUGAUGUGGACGGCCAUGGACGAGACGAUGCUGAAUCACAUUCACCUGGUUGCGGCCUUUACCAAGUUGGCGGCCUUGAAAAAGAAGGCGGCGCCCUUCAGCGACCGGAUCCGAAAGAGCCCCACGCUCGUGGAGAUGGCAAAGCAAGCGGCUCGGGUGGCUGACCGGCGGGAGUUCCGCCCACGCGAAACUGCGAGCAUGCUCAUGGCCGCUGCCUCCUUGCGCACGGAGCUUCCCUGGAUUGGCGAGAUCCUCGGGGUACCGCUGGCAAAGUGGGUGCCAGAGCACGCGGCCACGAUGACGCCCCAAUCUUUCGCACACACCGUCUACGGCCUCGGAGUGCUGAAUCUGGGUGACGAAAAGGAGGCCGUGGAAGCCAUUCGGGCCUGCGCGCAGGCGAUUCCUCUUCAGCUGGGCCGGUUCUCCGGCAUGGACAUUGCGCAGGUCGCAUGGGGUCUGGGCGCGCGGGAAUCCAGAGAGGAAGCCGGAGAGCUCUUAGAUGCCAUCGAGAAGUGGGUCAUCCGUGAGGCGAAGCCCAUGUCCGUGCGGAGUGCGGUCGUGGACUUGCCAAUGAUUGCCGUGGCCUUUGCCAGGCUUGGCGACUGGCGGCCGAAGAUGAUGGAUGCGAUCGCGCGGCGCCUCUACCACCGCCCAACCAUGCAGGAGCUUUGGGUCUCCGGGAGGGCUGGGGGACACGGCACUUGGGGAGUUUAG